AUGUGCGCGGCCAUGCUUCCUCGGCCAUCCAGCGCAAUGGCGCCUCUGCGUUGUCAGGCCCUGCGUCUUCCACCAUUCCUUUGCCCUGCCUACCAGUUCUAUUCGGCACAUGCCUCAUCCCACAAUGGCAAGCAUACUCGAAGAUAUCUUGCGACACAUGCCGAACACUCCCGCGCUCUCCCGGAGUCCGAGCUCCAUAAGGAACGAGUCGUUAUUCUCGGGUCCGGCUGGGGUGGAUAUACCAUCUCGCGCAGACUUUCGCCAAAGACCUACUCGCCCAUUAUCAUCUCCCCUCGCUCGUAUUUUGUCUUCACCCCCCUCCUUACCGACGCGGCCAGUGGAUCGCUGGACUUUUCCAACAUCGUUGAACCCGUGCGAGACCCCAGCGCCAAGGUCGAUUUCAUCCAAGCCGCUGCGCGCGCGGUAGAUCUCAAGAAGAAGACUGUCCUGUGCGAAGCAACUGUCGUCAAGAGCGGCGUGACGGAAACCCCACGCACUUCUGACGAAGAAAGAGACACCGAUGAAGGCCCGGAAGCCACUUCGAAGCAGCCUAUGGAGGCGCAGCGCCGAUGGGAGCAGGGAGAAACAUUCGAAGUCCCAUACGACAAGCUUGUCGUUGCCGUGGGUACUGUCAGUCGCACAUUUGGCACGCCGGGAGUGCGACAGAAUGCGAUGUUUUUCAAGGAUAUUGGAGACGCCAAACGGGUGAAGCGACGCGUACGUGAAUGCUUCGAGCUGGCUGUCCUGCCAACAACCAACCCCGAUAUGCAAAAAUGGCUGCUGCACUUUGCCAUCGUCGGUGCUGGUCCCACCGGCACAGAACUCGCGGCAUCGUUGCGCGACUUCAUCUAUUCGGACAUAAUGGCCCUCUACCCGGCCCUGAAGGGAAUCCCACAGAUCACUUUGUAUGAUGUCGCGCCGCAGGUGUUGUCAAUGUUUGAUGCGUCGCUGUCCCAGUACGCAAUGGAAACGAUGAAAAGUGAAGGCAUCGCUAUCAAGACAUCUCACCAUGUGCAGCACCUGCGCUGGGGCCCGCCGGGAGCCAGCCCGCCUCAUGAAAUGGAUCCCAAGCGUUGCCUGACCCUAACCACCGAAGAGGAGGGCGAAGUUGGCAUCGGCAUGUGUGUGUGGGUCACUGGCAAUGCCAUGCCCAAGUUCAUCAGCCAGUCGCUGGGGUCGAUCGAUGCUUUCCCAACGGACUCCGUUCACUCGUUAGACGCCGGGUCAACCCCACCUGCAAAAAUCGAAGAGUCAUCGUGGCAGUUCAAGAAGGCUCCCAAAACGGGUGCUUUGCUCGUUGACGGGCAUCUCCGCGUGCAGCUACAGGAUGACGCGGGGCACACUGCCGUGCUGCGAGACGUCUUCGCACUGGGCGACAAUGCUAUGCCAGAGACGGGUGCCCCUCCUGCGACAGCACAGGCGACUUUCCAAGAAGCCAAGUGGCUGGCUUCCCGCUUGAAUCGCGAUGACAUGGCGCAGACGCCACCGUUCUCCUUCCGCAACCUAGGCACAAUGGCGUACAUUGGGAACGAGAGAGCACUGAUGCAGAUCCCGCACGAGAGCACCGAUGGUGGUACGCGCAACAAGCUUCUGCCCGAGGGUAUUAAAGGUCGCACGGCGCGGCUAGUGUGGAAUGCGGCGUACAUCACCAUGAGCAUCAGCUGGCGGAACAAGCUGCGGGUGGCAUUCCGAUGGACAUUAAACAAGCUGUUUGGAAGGGACGUGUCUCGCUUCUAG